AUGAUUGUUUCUAGCUUUGUCAAGGACAGCAGCGCAUAUGAGUGCGGGCUAGUGCGAGAUGGAGAUAUUCUCUCUUCAGUUCAGGGGCAGAGCGUAGAAAGCUUGCCACUGGAAGAAAUACACAAGCUGCUCCUUGGUGAGAAAGACAGCUGGGUGCAGAUGAGAUUUCUGCGACAGACAGACGCCAAGACCGCGAGGAUGCGGAACUCGGGAAGCAGCGACAUGUCAGAGCGCAUGUUGGGACAGGGACCAGGAGAUACUGUGUGGGCGAGCAGCAAGAUGCGGUCCUUUGCCCCUACCUACGACACCAUUCUGGUGGACCUCUGCCGAAAGACUCCUUCAAACAUCCUUUCGGAAGCAGCUUCCCAAGCGCAGGAGGAGGCGAUGAGCCUGAAAAACAAGUAUCGAUAG